GAAGAUCUGAAUAAGGAGACGCUGGGACGUCAAUUUGCGAUUGUAAAAAAAGAGACGAACAGAAGCCAUGUAAUGCAUUACGGCGACAUGAAAAUAGCACAGGACCAUGUGGCCGAAUACAUAGGCAAUAAAACAUUUCCUCUCAAAAAGCUAUUCGGCGAUUCAAGGACGGAAGAAAGCAGGUCAACUGUUGCGUGGCCUUCUCGAGAAAUUCAUUUGCGAAUGCUAGAAAAAGAACUGCACGAAGCACAAAAAGAGUCCGAAAGGAAAGCUUUGAGGCAUAAGAUCAAGAAGCUGGAAAUGAAGCGAGAAUACCUAGAAGCAUUUAUGGAAUCUCUGGUAUGGGCAAUUGCACCUCAGAAGUCACAAUAUGAAAUUAUGCAUACAAUGCCUAGUUCGGUGUCAUCGCUACAUUGCUUCGACGAUGUCAUCAAAGCAUUCCAUCGAUCGUGCUUCCAUUUUGGACAUAAUCCAUAUGCACUGAAGUAUUCAUACGUAUUCGCAAAUCUCUGCGCAGCCGGGACUGGCAGCGAAACAAUCAUUCGCAAAAUGUUCGAUAAAUGCGUGGACAUAGAAAUCCAGGGGAUUCAUUGA